UAAAAUAAUAAUUACCUAGGUAUAUAUUUUGACUACCUUCUGGUAAAUAUUAGUUAAUAUCGUUGUUUGUUAAAUAAUAUACCUAUAACCUAUACUAGAAUACAGGAAUCACUGGUGCUUUAAUCGCGAUAAUUAUAAUAGUUUCACUAUGGCCGACUAUUCGUUCGAACCGCCUUGGAGCACUGACAAUCCAUUGCAGUUUGGAAAUAUUCCAGAAAAUCCAGUGAUUAGUGAGAUUAUCUGUCAAUUGGAUAUUUUUUUACAGCAAAGAAAAACAUUCAGUUGCCCUAACGAUGAAAUAGACACAAGAAUAUUAUCAGUUAUUCGACGUGCUAUGGAUAGCGUUAAGAAUUUAAUGGAACAAGACUUAACAUCAUUAACAAACAUUCAAAAACAGGUUUUAAUCAAUAAAUGUAGAUUUAUCAUUAAAGACGCAAUCAAAGUUAUUGAAAAAACCUUGAAAAUACAAUCAAUUUAAGUAAUAUGUUAUGUGAAAACAAAUAAAUACACGUACCUAAAAAUA